UUGACGAGGCGCCCUAAAGGCAGCACAACGCUGAGGCGAAGACAUCAGCCUGAAGCUGCAUAAGAUAGUCAUGUUUUCGUCUAUAUUUUAGUUUAUGGUCAUGGCUAAACAAUACGACGUUUUGUUCAGGCUGCUGAUGCUCGGAGACUCGGGGGUUGGGAAGACCUGCAUGUUGCGCAGGUUCACGGAAAGUGAAUUUGAUCCUUCUCACAUUUCCACCAUCGGAGUUGAUUUUAAAAUGAAAACUUUAGAAAUAGAUGGAAUCAAGGUGCGAAUCCAGAUAUGGGACACGGCUGGUCAGGAACGUUAUCAGACUAUUACCAAACAAUACUACAGGAGGGCACAGGGUAUCAUCUUUGUUUACGACAUCACAAACAAGCCGUCCUUUCAGCACCUAGCGAAGUGGGUCAGUGAUGUGGAUGAAUAUGCCCCAGACAUGGCGCAGAGGAUCUUGGUAGGAAAUAAGUCUGAUGAGGAGCUGAGGAGGCAGGUGACAAAAGACCAAGGGAGCAAGCUGGCAGAAACAUAUGGAAUGGAGUUCUUUGAAACCAGUGCCUCCAACAGCAGUAACAUCAAUGAGUCCUUCACUCGUGCGGCGGAACUGGUGCUGCAGGCCCACAAGAGAGACGUGGACGUCUUGUUGGGAUCUCUGGAUGACUAUCUGGAGAAGGCUGACUUGGAAGAAGAGAGUGGCGUUCAAGAAACCAAAAACCACACUCAGAGGACGUGCGCCUGUUAGGAACAGACGUGUCACUGUGCCAUGGCUCCUGCUGUAGCUAAAGACAUUUGUUCCACGUUCUUCAUGGAUCCUGUUGGUGAAGAGGGCGCUCAGUUAGUUUCACUUUUUGUAAGUAGGUGAAGGUACAUGGCAGUAAAUGCAGCUAGCAGCAGCAACCAGCAGGGGGCUGAUUUUGUUGCAUGAUCAUUGACCUCUCUUUUCAGUGAAGAUUUGUACUUGAAGGUGGCUCUGCAGCCAUUUGCUGCAGCCAAACUAUCAAAGCACAUGCUCUCUUUUAUUCUGAAAUGCACUUAUACAUCUGUUUAAUCAAUUUAGCGUAUCCCAUUAGCUUUUCUUUGUUUGUUACUUUUUAAAAUUGGAUAUGAAGGACACUCAUUUACAAAUUCAUUGACAAGUGAAUCUGUAUGAAAGAAAAGGGUUUAUUAAGUUGCAUGGGCUAUAUAUAAUGCUACAGCUGGACAGAGAUGAACAGAGAUGGCGAUGGAUACAGGACAGAGAUGAAUUAUUUACAUCUCGAAACUCAAACCAAGCAGGGAUGGAUUCACUUACACAAUGGACUUAUUUCCUCAAGGGAGACAAUGUUGUGCCAUGUUUGUUCACCUUUCUGAAUGCAGUACAUGUUUAUUUACCAUUCUUAAUGUAUAUGUACAGUUUGUUCCAUGACUGUGACUGGCCUACUCUGUCUUAUGCUUUUAAGCGAUGGUAGUGCUGCUUGAAAUAUUUUUAUCAGGGUUUGCACGGAGGUGUAAUUUUAAUACAGUGCUUGAAACUGUUGCAAAAAACAAAGCAACAUAUAAGUUAAUAAACUGAAAUUGUCAUUA